CCUUUGGAAGCCUCUGUGCUUGGUGCUGGCGCCGCGUCCCCCGCCCUCUGGCUCCGGAGGAAGGAUCAGAGUUCUUUCGGCGUCACGUUCAAAUUCGGACCCCUCCCCCCCUCCCCCCGCUCGCCUGUCACCCUCGCUCUGGACUUUUAGGGCGGAAAGCGAGAGCCGGCAGGGUUAACGUGAACUAAAGUGAUUAGUUUUAGAGCAAGGGCUGCCCCGACCACCCCCAAAAUUAAAUAAUUUAUCAAACCGGACCUUUUCUGUGACACCACGCCCAUACUGGGAUAUCCUGUAAAAUAAGCCAACCGUGGCCAUAGGUCCCCUCCUGGAGAAAGGUUAAAGCACGCCCCUGAGGUUGUCGCCUGUGAAAAGGUUGAGUGCCCAGGCCAUUAACCUUGGGCUUGCUUAAGGGACGAGGACACGUGUCAGCCCUAACACUCAUUGUGGGGAGUGUUCAAGGACAGACGAAGGGACCCAGGCCACGAACGCUUGUGACCUAUGUACGGGGCUGCUCCUCCGCGGCAGGGCAGGCAGGACCUCCCAGCUGCUCAGUGGAUGUGUCUCCAGAAGGAGGAUGCCAUUUAGAGUGAGUGUUUAUAAAAAAUGUUGGAUGAUGACGAAGUGACCGAAUGAAUGCAAGAUAUGUGGACUGAGUCUUGAAAGUCUUUGCUUAUGUUUUCUAGACCCUCUCUGACUCUUCUUUCAAGCCACAGCAACAAAAACCUUGUGCAGUAUUGGAGCCACAGAGAGCAUCGUGAGUUCAAAGGAGGUAAGAAUACACAUUGUCAAAACAGGAUGAAGUUGACCAGUGAAAAGUUGCCCAAGAACCCCUUUUAUACCGCUCUCUCCCAGUAUGGUGCUAAGAACUCAAAAUUCUUCCAGUGGAGGAAGGAAAAGACUGAUCAUUACGGCCAUGCUAAUUUGGUGGAUAAGGCAUUGCAGCUCUUGAAGGAAAGAAUAAGACGGGGGGAUGCUAUGGCAUAUUUCCUACGAGGUCAACUGUAUUUUGAAGAGGGAUGGUAUGAAGAAGCAUUAGAACAGUUUGAAGAAAUCAAGGAAAAAGACCAUCAAGCAACUUACCAGCUAGGAGUAAUGUAUUACGAUGGGCUGGGGACAUCUACAGACGCUGAAAAAGGAGUGGAAUACAUGAAGAAAAUCAUCCAUUCUCCAUGUCCCAAAGCAAGACACCUACAAUUUGCAGCUGCCUACAACCUUGGAAGAGCUUAUUAUGAAGGGAAAGGUGUCAAACGAUCAGAUGAGGAAGCUGAAAGACUGUGGCUUUUUGCUGCAGACAAUGGAAAUCCAAAAGCUAGUGUGAAAGCUCAAAGUAUCCUAGGAUUAUAUUAUUCCACAAAAGAACCCAAAGAAUUAGAAAAGGCAUUUUAUUGGCAUUCAGAAGCGUGUGGCAAUGGAAAUCUGGAGUCCCAGGGUGCACUUGGGCUGAUGUAUUUUUACGGACAAGGCAUCCGCCAGGACCCUGAAGCUGCCUUGCAGUGCUUAAGGGAAGCGGCAGAACGUGGAAACGUCUAUGCUCAAGGGAAUCUCGUGGAGUAUUACUAUAAGAUGAAAUUUUUUACUAAGUGUGUUACAUUUUCCAAAAGGAUUGCUGACUACGAUGAAGUUCAUGACAUCCCUACGAUAGCCCGGGUCACAGACUGUCUCCCGGAGUUCAUCACCAGAGGCAUAGCCAUGGCAUCCUUCUACCACGCCCGAUGUCUUCAGCUUGGCUUGGGGGUCACAAAGGAUGAAGCGACAGCAAAACACUACUAUUCCAAAGCGUGCCGUCUGAACCCUGCAUUGGCAGAUGAACUUCACUGUUUACUUAUACAUCAAAGAAUUUAGAUCAUAACGCGUUUCAACAAAGACCAUCAACCCUGGCACCUUAGAACGGGUCUCCUUGCCAUGUCACACCAUCAACAGUAUUUCAUAUUUAACAUUAUAAUCAGACGACUUGGAAACAGUCUGCUUUGCCGAAGUACGAAAACUAAGCAGUCACACAAAAAGGUGAUGCGCAUCUGGUCUGAGAGAAGGACGGACUGCGCACUGGAGGCAUGGUUUUUCCCUUUUCUUUUACCAAACUGAACAACUGAACAGUCAGAUGACAAUGAAGCACAGUACAUAAAUGGGUGCGUUGAAGAUUUUUAUUAUACCAUGCCGGGCAUUUUGCUGUCCAACGAGGCUCUGAAGCGUAUCUGAAAAAUCAGGAUCAGAACUGAGGCCUCACCUGGAAUGUUUUCAAGCAGCUUCUGCUGUGCUCUCUGUUUUGUUUCCUGACUUUGUUCUUCGCUUCUGAUUGUGGUUGGAGGCGCCAAUUUCCCAUGUGGCCAAAAAGCAUCCCGGAAAACGUUGAUGUAGUUAACCAACAUUUGCUCGCUGAAAAUCCAGUUCACGGUGUCCCGGAUUUGUCUUUUAAGAGAAAAACGUUUCUUGGAUGACGUUUUGAAAAAUGUUAUCCUCUAUUCUCACAAGGCAUUUAUCAGUGGGUAGGUUAAGAUACAGCCUGAUCUACACGUUUGAUGAAUAAACUAGGAAUUGAAUUUUUAAA